CUUAGUGAUGUAAUACCCUCUUUUGGAAAUAACAAAAUAUACCGUCGUUCGUCGCGUAUCUGUUUUGGGCUCAGUCGGACACCGUAGCUUGACUGAAAUAGUUCCCCCAUGCGCAUGCUCGUCGACGCAGAGAGAGAAAAUGGCAGACGUUUCUUUGGAUGAAGUGAUACGACAACGCGGUAUAAACCAAAAAGCACCCAUUAAAAGAACAAUGUUUGGCCGUGGUGCUGGAGGUGCUGGCAUGGGGUUUGAUGCUCGCCAGAAAAUCGGGCCUAAUGAUGUCCGUCAGAGACUUGGAGGAGGACCAGGGUUCCCGGUGAAAGACGCCAGAGAGAAACUGGCCCAGAAAGAUGCCCGUUUCAAGAUCCGGGGGCGAGGAGGAGGAGGAGGAGGAGCAGCUGGGGGGGUUCAGGACGCACGGCAGAUGAUCAACUCGCGCAAACAGGGACUGAAUGCGUUCACCAUUCAGGUCCAGACAGGAGCUGCGGGCGCACGUCCACUCCAGAGUCACAUGCCGAUGCCGCCGAUUCAGAUACAGACCAGCAACUUCACCGGAUUGAAAGCAAGACAGUUCACUCCUGGUGCUCCAGGACUGAGCUCAGCUGGACAGUUUACGAGCAACGGGAGCAAGAUGGUGGACGCACGUGACCGACUGAGCCUGAAGCGGAGCAUCGGGGCGGCUUCCAUACAGACAAACGCAGUGCCACCUCUGAAAAUCACCAAAACUAUCCAGCAACGUCCGGUCGGCGCAGCGGGAGGGCUGCACACCUCACAGCCUCUGUUGCACCAGUCUGAAGGUGUUCUGUCCAAACGGCUCAAGAUCACCACCGGCAACUCACUGCAGCAACGGUCUGGACUCGCUGGCUCCACAUUCAACAUGUCUGCCCCCAUCACCAAGGUGGUGAAGAACGAUGCCUACACAGCCCCUGCUCCGCCCGUCCCGGUGGCUCCCACGCGGCCCAGCCCGGCAGCCAGCCGGCCCGCUGCUGCAGCCGCGCAGCCGGUGUCCCGUACUCUCCAGCAGAAGCAGGCGGACACCGGCAGGACUCCCCCAACUCCCCUUCAGCCGGCCUUCAGUCCCCUGGAAGGAACCAAAAUCACGGUGAACAACCUCCACCCCAGAGUCACAGAGGAGGACAUCGUGGAGCUCUUCUGCGUGUGCGGCGCCCUUAAGCGAGCUCGGCUGGUGAAGGUGGGCGUGGCCGAGGUAGUGUUCGUCCGCAAGGAUGACGCAGUGAGCGCCUACAGGAAGUACAACAACCGCUGCCUGGACGGUCAGCCGAUGAAGUGUAACCUCCACAUUCAGGGAAACGUCAUCACUUCGGAUCAGCCCAUCCUCCUGAGACUCAGCGACACCCCGGGCAGCAGUGGCUCGAAGAAAGACGGGCUGCCCCCCUCCCUGUCUCGACCGGCCAGCCAGCGAGCCUCCUCCCAGCCGACGCCGGAGGUGGACCCGCAGACCAUCCUCAAAGCCUUGUUCAAGUCCACUGCACAGUCCACCACCACCACCACCGAGCCCCCCAGCUCGCAGUCCACCGCCUUCCGCAUCAAGAUCUAGUCGAGUCACCUCUACACCUUUGAUAAAGAGCAGCACCGUGUUUCUCAGCUGAUCCCAGGUCAGUUCAAAAGAGUGACCAGCUAUCCAGUUUUUGUUUUUUUUGUUUUUUCUGUCACUCAACUCUGGAUUAAUUUCAACGGUCCACAGUGCCGGUGCUGCUCCAACAUCACGAUUCAGAUAUUUUACCGAGACUAUAACCGAUGUUUGGUGUUGCAGAGGGAUCCGGAGUUAAAUUCCAGUGAAAAGUGACGUGGCCCGGUUGUCUGUCUGUUGAUUUGGGUCUUUCGUAUUUGUUUGUAAACUGAUUUCUGUCGUCCGAUGACUAGAGAACACAAAUCUGUUAGUCACAUUUCUCUCAUUAAAUAUCUAGCUUUGUAAACGCCUCAGACUCCUUCCU